AUGCAGGGAAGACUGACUAAGUGGAAAUGUCUGAAGCCACAGAUGUUGUACAGAGGCAGGACUCUGGUCUUCAAUAAUCUGGUGGCUUCAACUCUGUGGCACAAGCUGGUCUGCAUGGACCCCCCUAAAGGCCUCACACAGAGACUACAGGCCAUCCUCACAGACUUCUUCUGGGACAGGCUGCACUUGGUCCCUCAGAGCGAACCGCUGGUGUACGGAGCCAGGAUGGACAUACAGGACGGCACGACUCCAGGUCUGAACAGCAUGCUAUGCCCCUCUGGGACCACCACCCUGAGGACACUGGUGGAGGUAGAUGUUCCUGGACUGCAGGAGAACCAUCCUCCGGUCAGACGGACACCUUCCUGCCCGCCUGUCUCUCCUCUCUCUCGGAGCUCCGGACCAUCCAGACCCACCGGGACUCUUUCGGCUCCUGUAGCCGGCACAGAGAUCACUGAGGGCGGCUGUAGGACGGAGGAGGGAUCGGACGGAUGGACGCAGGGUCUCGUGUCUCACCUUGGGAGAGGAGGUGGAGGAGGAGACAGCCGCAGACCAAACGGCCUCAUCGAUACCCACCGGCUGGGGGCGGAGCCUCGGGAGGAGCUGCUGCUGGUGUAUUCUGCUCCUGUUUAUCAAGGUCACCUGGUGGUGAACCCUCCUCCUCAGGAGAGGAGCAGUGGAGGAGGAGGAGGUGGGGGUCCUCCUCAGCUCCUGAACCCUGGCGCUCUCCUCCCCCAGCAGGAGGUGUCGGACCCCCACUUCACGCCGACCCCUGGUCUCCUCCUGUGGGGGGAGGCCGGGGGAGGAGAGUGCUGCGAGACCUCCUUCAUCGAGGGGCUGGGUCCGGACGCCUCCUCCUCCUUCACAAAGGAGGCGCUGCUGUUUGCUGACGCAAAGAUCCACACGGUGUCGUACGACGUCGACGAGUUCCAGGAGCUCGAGAGUGAAUACUCCAGCCAAUCAGAGAGCGAAGACGCCUUCUUGUUGAUGCCUCCCAGAGAUCACCUGGGCCUCAGCGUCUUCGCCAUGCUGUGCUGCUUCUGGCCGCUUGGCAUCGCCGCCUUCUACCUGUCGCACCAGACCAACAAGGCAGUGUCGAGAGGAGACUUCCACCUGGCGAGCUCCAGUUCAAGGCGGGUUCUCUUCCUGGCGGUGCUGUCGAUCACCAUCGGGACGGGUAUCUAUGUGGGCGUGGCCGUGGCGCUCAUCGCCUACCUCUCCAAGAACCACCACUGGUAA